CCGGAGGGAGCGGCGCCUCUCCUGUCCCUGCGCCCCGGUCAUGCCCCUGCGGUCCCGGCACCCGCCCGCCUGAGCCGCCUGAGUCGCCGGCGCAUGUGGCCGCGCGCCCGGCCUCGGCUCCUCCGCAGGCGCCCGGCGCCCGGCCCCGGCGCGGCCUCGGUGUCCCCGCUGGCGCCCCGCCGGUCCCCCGCGCUGCCGCCCGGCGCCGGCCCCUUCGCCAUGCAGGCGCGGGCGCUGCUCCUGGCCGCGCUGGCCGCGCUGGCGCUGGCCCGGGAUCCCCCGGCGACGCCCUGCCCUGCGCGCUGCGAGGUGUCGCGCUGCCCCAGCCCCCGCUGCCCCGGCGGCUACGUGCCGGAUCCCUGCAACUGCUGCUUGGUGUGCGCCGCCAGCGAGGGCGAGCCGUGCGGCCGCCCCCUCGACUCGCCGUGCGGGGAGAGCCUGGAGUGCGCCCGCGGCGCCUGCCGCUGCCGCUGGGCGCACGCUGUGUGCGGCACCGACGGGCACACCUAUGCCAACGUGUGCGCCUUGCAGGCGGCCAGCCGCAGGGCACUGCAGCUCUCGGGGUCGCCUGUGCGCCAGCUGCAGAAGGGUGCCUGCCCGUUGGGUCUCCACCAGCUGACCAGCCCGCGGUACAAGUUCAACUUCAUCGCCGAUGUGGUGGAGAAGAUCGCGCCCGCCGUGGUCCACAUCGAGCUCUUCCUGAGACACCCGCUGUUCGGCCGCAACGUGCCCCUCUCCAGCGGCUCGGGCUUCGUCAUGUCGGAGGCCGGCCUGAUUGUCACCAACGCCCACGUGGUGUCCAGCUCCAACGCCGUCUCGGGCCGGCAGCAGCUCAAGGUGCAGCUGCAGAAUGGCGACACCUACGAGGCCACCAUCAAAGACAUUGACAAGAAGUCGGACAUCGCCACCAUCAAGAUCCACCCCAAAAAAAAGCUCCCGGCUCUGCUGCUGGGCCACUCGGCAGACCUGCGGCCCGGCGAGUUUGUGGUGGCCAUCGGCAGCCCCUUUGCCCUGCAGAACACGGUGACCACGGGCAUCGUCAGCACGGCCCAGCGGGACGGCAAGGAGCUGGGCCUGCGGGACUCGGACAUGGACUACAUCCAGACGGACGCCAUCAUCAACUAUGGGAACUCCGGGGGCCCGCUGGUGAACCUGGACGGGGAGGUCAUCGGCAUCAACACGCUCAAGGUCGCAGCGGGCAUCUCCUUCGCCAUCCCCUCGGACCGCAUCGCACGCUUCCUCACAGAGUUCCAGGACAAGAACGUCAAAGACUGGAAGAAGCGCUUCAUUGGCAUUCGGAUGAGGACCAUCACACCCAGUCUGAUGGAAGAGCUGAGGGCCAACAACCCGGACCUCCCGGAGGUCAGCAGCGGGAUUUACGUGCAGGAGGUUGUUCCGAAUUCCCCCUCUCAGAGGGGGGGUAUUCAGGAUGGCGACAUCAUCGUCAAGGUCAACGGGCGUCCCCUGGCCGACUCCAGUGAGCUGCAGGAGGCCGUGCUGACCGAGUCGCCCCUGCUGCUGGAGGUGCGGCGGGGCAAUGACGACCUCCUGUUUAACAUCGCGCCCGAGGUGGUCCUGUGAGGCCGGGGCCCCUCCCCCAGCGCCCAGCGCCAGAGCCUGCAGCCCGGCCGAAGACAGGUGCCAGCCCAGGCCCCUCGGGCCCUCUGCCUCCGCGGGGUCAGGACGAAGGACCGCGGUCGGUCCUCAGCAGAGCCAGCGGCCUCCUCCCGGCCGUCCAGGGACAGGGCCCCAGGCUUGGCCAGGGUUCCAGAUCUCAGCCUCAGGGAGUAGGAGCUCCUGCAUCAUGGUGCCUGGGGGGCCGCCGGUGUCCCCUCGUACAAGUGCUCCGGAGGGCCGCCUGCCGAGUCCCCAAGCAACGUAUGACUCUGACCCACGGGAAGACUCCUCCGUGGUCCCCAAAGUCCACCCUCUCUCCCCGUCUGCGUUUGCACCUCAUACCUCUGUCUAAGCUGCCCACCUGCUCCUGCCCCCACCCCACUCACCUCAGGGCUGUCUGCCCGCCAGACGGGCGUCCCGUCAGGACCAGGGUGGUGGGCUGGCCUGGAGCAGCCCCUGAAGGGACAUCCCCUGGCUGCCCCGCAGAGCCGUGUGGCUGGCGGUGAGGCCCCCUCCCCUGGCGGGAGAGGCUGUGGGCGGCCGCUUGUCCUCCUGGAGGGCCCCACAGGGCGGGAGGGGGCUGCGAGGACUGAGCGCUGAGCUGUUCUGUGUGGAGAGACACCCCGAGGGCCCUGAGCGGCCAGCGGCCCCCUCGGCGGGAGCACCUUCCAGGUGCGUCUGUGAGCUUCGCUGUGCGGCCGACCCCACACCGCUUGCAUUGUGUUUUCUACU